AUGAGAACAAGAACGGCUGGAUUCAACCGUAACACGGAGACACUACAUGUAAGUGGUAUGGAUGCCGAAGCAGUAAAAGAGGACGUCACGGAAGCAGUCAAACAAAGAGUAGGAUGGGAUGAUGAAAGAUGGAAGAUAACGGAAAUGAGACCACAGGCCAACAACACUCAAGCAAUUACACUUACAAUUGGGACAAAGGAAGCAAAGAAAAUACUAGGAGAUGGAAUCUUGACUGUGGGCAUGGUAAGAUGUCAAGUUGAAAAAAGAUUAAGAGUAGACAGAUGCUACAAAUGCUGGUCGUACGAUCACAAAGCGACAGAGUGCAAGGGACCCGACAGAUCUAGAAGCUAUGACAACAUAGAUGACAAGGCACAACAGAGUGCUGAGACAAAGGAGGCAGGUACAGACUUUAACGAGCAAACAGAAAGGGAGCUUUUCGAGCAACAACUGGUAGCAGAACACAGCAGAAGACUGUCGCUAAACCGCUCACCACCGCCGGAGGAAAGGAUAAAAUUCGACCUAAUGGAUUUGCCCGUAUCACAGACGCCAGACGGCGCGAAAACAGAGGUAAAAAGAGUCCGAAGCCCGGAAGAGGUAGAAAAACCCCAAUUCGGAGUUUUGCAGAAGCAUAUGGACGAAAUUCAAAGAGUGUCAAAAAUAUUGUACGACCUGGCAAUUAGUAACUCAAAUACCAAGGUGGAAAUAAAAAAUGGAGUAAGAGAUCUCAAAAGGAGGAUGAAGAGAAUACAGCUGAGAAUGGAAACAUAUAAACAGUCAACAGUGUACACCAACAGACAAAGACAAGCAGAAGAGACAGUAUGGACCGGCCAAAAAAAAAACAAAAUCUAUUGGAACGCAGGUAGACGAAAGGAUGAUGGAAGACGAAAGAAGAGUCUCCAAAAUAGAAGAAGAAAAAAUGUGCAGAGAGCAAUUAGAAGCGGGAGAAGGAUGGGAAGGAUUAAAAAAGUCAUAGACCUAUCAUGGUCGGAAAAUGCCUACACUAACACAAGGGAGGCACAAGACAAAAAAAUGAUGGAACCAGGAGAUAUGGUUAUAUUCGUGGACCCGAAAAAACAAAUAGAAGCGGAACUAGCCAGAGACGUCAGUGCUCGAUUCGCUGACAUCAGACCGCUCAUAAAAAGCGGAAUAAUCAAAGUGGAGCAAUUAAAAACGAAAACUGAAACUAUUAGUGAAGAUGGAGAGAGGAAGAAAAUUACAAAUUCCCUCUGGGUGGCCCCCCUAAAAACAGGGUAUGACACAGAAUGUCUUUACAAAUCCCUAAAGGAAGUAAAAGACGGGACAAACACUGGGGAAGAGAGGGUAAUAAACAUAAUUACUACAGAGGUACCGGAGGAUAAAUAUAUAAGGAAAUGUACUGAGGCGCUAUUUCAUAAAACCAUGAGUAAAAUACAGAUAUGGGGCAAUAAACAGCAACAAAACAGAAAAAACGAAGGGGAUGUACUCCUAGAAGUGAUGGGAGGCAAAGAAAAGGCACAGGCUUUUAAGGGUGAAAUGGAAAAGAACGGAGGAUCCAAAGUGGAAUUCAGACAGGAUACCAGCACUAUCUAUAUCUCGGACAUAGAGGCAGGCAUCACGGAAGAAGAUGUCAAGCAAGUAAUCAGGGAAAACACAAGAAAAGAAAUCGGCAACCUUAGAGUAAGUCUCAGGAAAAACAGAUUCGGAAACCAAAAUGCUAUAGUAACCCUGGACAGAGAAUCAGCAAGAGACAUUCUAAGAAGGGAAACCGUCCAAAUAGGAUGGAUGGAAUGUAGGGUGAGAGCCAGAAUCACACUUACGAGAUGCUACAGGUGUCUAGGCUUCGGACAGCAGACAGCAGAAUGCAAGGGGCAGGAUAGAUCUGAAAACUGUCUAAACUGUAAUGAAAAGGGGCACACAGCAAGAGUGCAAAAAUGA